CAUUCACGAUCGCUCCGUCCAGAAUCGCAAACAGAAACUCGACAGUCAUGUUGUUCAUACCACGGAGAAACAGAGACGGCAGUCGCGAGAUUUGCCCGCACGCAGACAGGGUCGCUGUUCCCCAGAAAGACCCCCGAGUGCCGAGAGUGGUUUGCGUGAUCGAGCCAAUUUCUUGCCAAUACCCCGGUUAGGAAGGUCCUUGUAUUUUCUGCGCUCUCACUUCCUUCCACCUUUUUUGUUGUUCUUGCUGCUUUUUGUUCCCUGCGUGUACAUAUCUUGAUUGCAGCGUGUUUCGAGCGAUAACGAACAAAAGGCUUGGCAAAAUAUCGCCGCCAUUGAAAGAUUUUGCCUCACCAAUUCCGUCCGAAAACAAUCAUAAAUUCAAUUCUGAAGAUGGCGCCCGGAAGUAUUAGAAGGGUAGCUGUCAUUGGAGCCGGUCCGUCUGGAGCGAUAACUGUAGAUGCUCUGGCUCGAGAGGAGGCUUUUGAUCAAAUCCGCGUUUUUGAUAGGCAAGAAGGUCCAGGUGGUUGCUGGUAUGGAGAUAAGAAUCCACCAGUUCCCUUGACCAAUCUUGCAGCUUUGGCUACCAGGACGGCAGAUCAGCCGUUGGAGUUGCCAGUACAGGUGCCAGGGCGUGUCAAGAAGAAUGGCCAACCACGAUGGACUGACUCGUCCAUCUACCCUUACCUGGAGACCAACGUUGACGUUGUUACUAUGGAAUAUACUCAAGAGCCCAUAUCCGGCGAACUAUCUGCCCGAACCAUUGAACUGCAUGGCGAGAACUCUCCUUUCCGGCACUGGACUAUCAUGAGAGAUUACGUGACCAGUCUCUUCCAACGCAAAGGCUAUGAAGAUCUCGUGUCUUACAAUACCCACGUUGAGAGAGUGGAAAAGGUUGGGGACGAGUGGAAGGUCACGCUGAGGAAAGAAGAGGGCGACGAAGAUUACUGGUGGGUGGAGCAUUUCGAUGCUGUUAUUGUCGCAAGUGGGCACUUCAAUGUCCCAUACGUUCCAGCAGUACGUGGUCUGGAAGAACUUGAACGACAACAUCCUGGCAGUGUCUUGCACAGUAAGAUGUAUCGUGGCCGAGAGGCAUACCAGGGUAAGAGAGUUGUUGUUGUUGGCGGCUCAGUCUCCGCAGCAGACAUCUCUACAGACCUUGUUGGGGUAGUAGACUCGAAGGUCUACGCGGUUGUCAAUGGCCAUACUAUCAACGUGUACUUUGGUGACGGUGCAUUCAACAAUCCUGGAGUAUCCAGAAAGCCGACCAUCUCACACAUCGAUACAUCAGAUGGUCGACGUACUGUUCACUUCAUUGAUGGUACAUUUGUGGAGAAUGUUGACAACAUCAUUUUUGGCACUGGAUACUCCUGGAGUCUUCCCUUCUUGCCAGACGUCAAGAUCAGAAAUAACAGAGUACCCGGACUCUAUCAGAACGUCGUGUAUCAGCAAGAUCCGACUUUACUGUUUGUUGGAGCAGUCGGCGCCGGAUUGACGUUCAAGAUUUUCGAGUGGCAGGCUGUUCUUGCUGCAAGACUGCUCGCUGGACGUGCCGAACUUCCAUCUCUCGAAGAGCAACAAAGAUGGGAAGAAGAACGCAUAAAGAAGAAAGGGGACGGUCCUGCCUUCAACGUGAUUCACCCGGACUUUGAAGAAUACUUUGAGACGGUCAGGUCUCUUGCAGGUCCUGGAGAAGAUGGCAAAGGGCGGCCUUUACCUCCUUACAAGCCUGAAUGGUUCCAAGCAUUUAUGGAUGGACACGAAUUGCGGAAGCAAAUGUGGGCAAGGAAGAACGCGGCUGCUGCUGCUGCAACCGAGAGCAGGAAGGCAAGAAUUUGAUAGAUUCAUUGAAGGAUACUUGUUGUUUUCCCCUUGUCUGUCGUUGUAAGCAGGUGGGCAACGUGUCCCAGAUCUCAAAUAGCAGGUCAUUUGUAUGACUUGGCAUGUAUUCAUGGUUCGCAGACGGAAGCACAGCAGAGAAGCGAUAUCCUCCGUUCAAUCCAUC